AUGUUCACCACCAAGCCUCUGAGCUCGAUCAAGAAUGUCAUUCCCUCGAUCCACCAACCCUUGCCUCUUUCCUCAAAAGAUUCAAAGAAGCUCCUCGACGUCUUGAAGACAUCCUUCCGUCACAAUCUCGACAAAGAGCAUGGUUACGCUCCCGAAAAUGCCGACUCCUCCGCCUCCAAACACUCUUCCACCUCUCACAACGCACAUCACCGCCCGACUGACCGCCAUCUGCGCGCAAUCCUCUCCAACCCCUUGUUCAAGAACGCCAUCCAGCCCAGCAAUGUGUCCUUCACAACCCCACGAGACCCAAUGGACGUCUUCGACGAGGCCGUGUCACGGGGCAUGAUGACAAGAAACGCGGCAACCGGUUGUCUGCGCACCAAGCGCCAGCAGAUUCUCCAGUCGAGCGCCAUUCCGGCUCAUGACGCUAUGAAGGCAUCCGCAGCCGGCUUGCGGGUGGUUCAGUGGCUCAGGUCGUCCGGCAUGGAACGGACACUCGACUUCCUCAAAUAUCCGCACUUCGUCCAUGAGCUCGUGCCAUUCAUGGUGGCAGAAGGGUUGGACGAGGUAGCAUGGGCUUGGGCAGACCGAUUGAUUCAGAGCGAAGGCCCGGCAGAGGACAACAGCAAGAUCGUGGGGAGCCUGGUCGCUGCCAUGGUAGCGGCCAAGUCGGACGUGGUGGACAAGAACCUCGACACGGCCUUUUCGGCGAUGCUCAGAGCGGAUGCAACAUGGAAGUCGUCUCCUCGGCAAUCUAAGAUCCUGCUGCGUCCUUGGCAAGUGCUGUCCUGGAGGUCGACCGUCGACGCAUGGAAAAGGCCUCUGCCGUCAGCUGCGCUCUUUGAGUUAUAUUUCGAGACUGCCAAUCGCAUCGCGCGGCCGUUGCGACUUGAUCGCGCACACUUGGAGCUUCACCAUCCCACCAAACCCAACCAUGAAAGCGCCUUGAAAUUCCUACAAAGCGAUCGCCUGCCCAUCUCAGAGUCCAACACCGGUCCGGUCCCAAGAGUCAUAUAUAUGGGCAUGGAUGCCGUCAGCCACCUAACGAGACUUGGUCGGACCGACGAGGCCGAUGAUCUCCUUAACCUGCUCCAAUCUAGAUUCUCGGAAGAGAUUCGGCAGAGGUUCCAUUCUCGUGGCAUCGCGCUCAUGUGA